UUCACACAACUUCAACACCAUGACUGGACGCGGCAAGGGAGGCAAGGGACUCGGAAAGGGUGGCGCCAAGCGUCAUCGUAAGGUGCUACGUGACAACAUCCAGGGCAUCACCAAGCCCGCUAUUCGUCGCUUAGCUCGUCGUGGCGGCGUCAAGCGUAUUUCGGGUCUCAUCUACGAAGAGACCCGUGGCGUCCUGAAGGUGUUCCUCGAGAACGUCAUCCGUGAUGCUGUAACCUACACGGAACACGCCAAGAGGAAGACCGUCACUGCCAUGGACGUGGUGUACGCUCUGAAGCGCCAGGGUCGUACCCUCUACGGAUUCGUACCGUUCCUUCUUUACAGUGUCAGGUGUGAUGGAAAUAUCCAGACAUCUAAAUCCAUUUUCCACAGCUUGGGUAGCUGCAGCAGCUGUUGUGAAGGUGACCUUGAGAGUAGGCCUAGGGUUGUCGUUGUUCUUGAUGACCUUGACUGUAGCAGCAGUCAGAGCCGGGUUUCUGGUGUUGAUACUAUCAAGUAUGGUACCAGGGUCUUGGGUGGCGAUGUAGACACUUGUGUGGCUGACGAAGAUGGUUCGUUCAGCCAAGUAGCGACGGUUAGGAGUGAUGAUCAGGAUUCACACAACUUCAACACCAUGACUGGACGCGGCAAGGGAGGCAAGGGACUCGGAAAGGGUGGCGCCAAGCGUCAUCGUAAGGUGCUACGUGACAACAUCCAGGGCAUCACCAAGCCCGCUAUUCGUCGCUUAGCUCGUCGUGGCGGCGUCAAGCGUAUUUCGGGUCUCAUCUACGAAGAGACCCGUGGCGUCCUGAAGGUGUUCCUCGAGAACGUCAUCCGUGAUGCUGUAACCUACACGGAACACGCCAAGAGGAAGACCGUCACUGCCAUGGACGUGGUGUACGCUCUGAAGCGCCAGGGUCGUACCCUCUACGGAUUCGGCGGAUAAGAGCUUGGCUAAUCCAUCGAUUCCACCCACCACCACCUCAAAACGGGACCUAAUUAGGUCCCUAUA